AUGCUCCCUCCUUCGGCUUUUCACCCAUACACCCGUCCAACGGCCACUAAUAAUCUGAGUCAAGACAUGUCAUUGUCGGAGGAGAAUCUCAGACUCCUCCGCUCCGCUGAAACUCUUCUGGCUCUUUCUCAACUUCAAGGCUCUGCAAAACUUGCACUCUUCAAUGAACCAACCCAACAAAUGUCUCCACCUCUCCCGGCUCCAGUCCUGACUCCGAAUCCAACUAAUUCUCCUUCUUCUCCAGUUCUAGAAUAUGCCAUUCAUUCCCCAGCAGCCAGUAUUCCGAAUGAAAAAUCCCGUCGGAAGAGGACAACGUUCUCUCCGGAACAAGCCACUCGGCUGGAAUCUGAGUACCUUGGUGACAGUUACAUGGCAAGAGAGAAACGUCUUCUUCUCGCUCAGUCAUUGAGCUUAUCGGAGAAUCAAGUCAAAACGUGGUUCCAAAAUAGAAGAGCCAAAGAUAAGAGAGACAGGAAAACCGAAAACUCUUCCAACCACUCGAGAAAGUCAUCUCCAUCCCGCAAGUCGUCAUCCGAUUCUUCACCAACUCCAUCUCUGAUGACACCUACUACAACUCCAUUCAUCCUAACAUCAUCCCAUCAAAUUCAAACCGCAACCUCUCCUACAACCGUGGAUCUACUUCCAUCUACUCCUCCAGCCAGCAAAAUUCAGAAAAUAGAGCAAUUCACCGAUUCAUCCCAAUCUCUUAUCCCGAGUUUUGACCUACUCAACACAUAUCUCCAAUCCCUUUCAGCAGCAAACGUCCCUCUUCAAUCCCUUCUAACUUCCUCUCCUCCAAUCUAUGAUCCCAGUCUAUUAGCUGGUUUACAAUCCCCUUUGCAAUCUGCAAUUAUUUGA